AUGAUUGAUGAUCAGGAUCUGGGCUUUUUUGCCAAUUUUCUUGGCAUUUUUAUAUUUGUCCUGGUGAUUGCUUACCAUUUUGUGAUGGCGGACCCCAAAUAUGAAGGCAACUAAAAACCUGGAGUUGUGAUGCUUUUUUUUUUUUUUUU